AUGUCGCUUCCCGCCGAAGUAUAUUUAAAAGUAUUGUCCAACUUGAGGCCACUGGAUCUGGCUGUUCUGUCGAGAUGCAGCCGGUCUCAAAAGCAGAUCGUCCUGCCCAUACUGUACAAAACACUGUCUCUACAACUUUGGGGCGGCGACCCGGAUGGCAGCAGCACGCUGUUACUGCGGACGCUCAGCGCCAACCCCCAACUUCGUUACUAUAUACGCGAAGUUGAGGUUGUCAAUGCCUCGUCGACGUUGUGGACGUCAGGUCAUUCCAAGUUACUGGGUAUCCUGCUUUGCAGCAUCUUGACGCACCCUGAUCGCAUCACAUCUUUCAGGUGGAAGGCUGGGCUACUGCAAACACACAUAUUCUUCCCAGGCCUCGUGGCUUUGGAGUGCACGCAAAUUCUAAAUUGGACGGACGUGCUGUGGGUGAGAUGGCAUCUUUUGCACUGUCGAUCCCUCAAAUCUCUUCGUUUACAUUUAUCGAAGCGGAUUUCUCGGCAUGCCGGGCAGUGGUUUCUUUCUCAACUCUCUUUGCGGCAUGUCAAGGAUUUGUGCCUUCAAGGUGCCGAUCUGUCGGCAAUGAACAUUGACGUCGUCGACUCGCUGGAAAGCCUGGAGCUCAAGCUAUGUCAUGGCCUGGACGCCUUCUUAGCUCGUAUGAUUUCUCACGGAGUCCCGCAAUCACUAAAAGUUCUGAGAAUAGCUGGAAAUGUCACUCUAAAACGCCUGGAGUGCUUUCUGUCAACUGUUGCUUCUAGAGUUCAGCUUGAGGAGCUGUCCCUCCGCAUAGGCGGGGUUGCUGAGACUGCAAGCACUAGGUUUAUUCAAGCCAUCGCACCAAAAGUUUCCAACCUUGUGCUCGACUUUAGGCGAGACCUCUGUGAUCCUCGCACGUCGGUGAAAUACAGCAUCAAAGAUUUUCAAGACAUGGUCAGUAGCCUCCCGAUGUUGACGUCGGUCGGUGUUGCGCUGGACCUGCGGAACCCGAAGUACAUACGACGAUAUCAACGGACCAAGUUGGAAAAAGGUGGUUUCAUGGAAAAGUCCAAUCUGAAGUGUAUUCACCUUCGCGGGCACUGCGUCCCUCUGAAACGGUGCAUCGGGGAUGCGAAACAUUUAGCAGAUCCCUUUGCAGAGAUUAGCAUGUGCAUCGGGGAUGCGAAACAUUUGGCAGACGCCUUUGCAGAGAUUAGCAUUUUACUAGACCACGGCUCGCGCCUGCGGAAAUACAAUUUCAAACAAAAAUCAUAUGAGCUUACUGGCGUGUCUGAUGAGGAGCGGUCGCAACUAAGUACAGACUUAUAUGGAAUAUAUUGA